AUGUUUUUCAUAUGCCCUAUAAUUGUAAAAUACAAUAUCACCAAUGAGAGUCAUCGGUCGUCCAAAAAUUGUCCCCAAUGCCGCGAAAAACUUUCCAGCAAUAAGGUCUUCCGCUUGUACUUCAAUUUUAACGUCAAUGAGUCAAUCAAAGAGGAUGCAGCCUCCCUACAACUUCGUCUGGAAAACAUGCAAUUCCAGUUGGAUCUUAAGGAGUCUUCCAUCAGAGAGAAUCAGAAGAAUUAUCAUGAUAUGAAGAAACAAAGAGAUCUUCUGCGGGCCGAAGUACGCAAGUGUGAAAAUGAACUCACAAAAAAGGACUCGGCUAUUUUUGCUCUGAAGGAGCAAGCGAAAUUCUUGAGGGCUGAAGCUGAUGAGAAAAAUGUUAUUGCAGCGAAAUUCGAGAGCCUAAAGUCGAAGACUGAUGAGUACAAAGCUGUAGAGAAAUUGCUGUCAUCGACUGCCAGAGCCGCUGAUGAACUCAUAGCUACUACUCAUGAUGCCUCUAAACUAAGUGUUUAUGUUUCAGUUCUAAAAAGACAACUAGAAACGGAGAUUCAACGCCGCAAAGAAUUACGAGACUUGAUAAAAGACUUGAAGGAAGAGCUAAAGAGAAUGUCGCAUGCGAAAAAUCAGCUCGAAGCACUUAAAACAGGAUUGCAAGCAGAGAUUGAUGUCCUUUGCGAGCAGAAUAAACGUUUACUUCAGAAACUUGAGAAAAAUUUAGUGACUGGAGCUAAUGAGGCAAAAGAGGAACUCAGUUCUAGAUCAGAAUUUCCAGCACUGAAACGUACCAGAUACUGA